CGUAACACAAAAGGUUUUUCAUGUUUUCGUUUUCCUCGUUGUUUGUAAUUUAUUUACUUUUUAUGCCGCCAUUUAUAUUAAAUUUUCCUUAUUUUGGAUCGCCAAAUAACAUCGGAAAACCUAAAGUUGGAAGGUAUGAUAAAGAUACAAAUGAAAUAUUGACUAUCUCUAGUAAGAAAAACGCAAGCGAGAAGAAUUCUGUAAAGGAAAAUUAUAUUCUUAAAACAAAAUCUUUGCGAUUUAAAAGAGAUUUAAGCGCAGAAGAUGAAGAAAAAAUAUAUGAGAAAAUUAGAAAAAUUUCUCCCAUAAAAAUUAAAUUGGCUUUUAUGAGUUCUGUAAGUCGUGUACAACCUCAAGAUUUAAAAAAUGAUUGCUGUUACAAUAAUGGAAUUUGCCACAAAAAGGGAAAAGAUUACUUUUGCACUUGUCCCCCACAAUUUACUGGACGUUUCUGCUUCGAAGAUAUAAAUGAAUGUGAGAAAGGAACCGCGAAAUGUCCUUCAGAUAUGUACUGUUUUAAUACGUACGGUUCUUAUAAUUGUAGUUGUCCUCCCGGAUUUAUAAGAAACGAAAUGCGAUGCGAACGUCAAGUGACUUGUAAAGAAGAACCGUGCCAAAAUGGAGCAAUUUGUAUUGACGGAUUUAAUGAUGAAUCUAUUUCCUGCAUUUGUCAGAUAGGUUUUGUAGGAAAAAGAUGUCAGUUUAUGUUACCCGAAUGUGAUGAUUUCUCUUGUGCCGAUAACGAAUUCUGUAUAUCAACUGACAAAGGAUUCAGAUGUAUACCUCUUAAAUUCAUUUCUAAGAAUGUAAUUUAACAAGUAAUUACUGUUUAUUAAACAUACUGUAUUACCUAAAAAUAAAAUAAAAUGAAGCAGAGGUAAUUAAAUAUAAAAUGGCUUCAAAAAAUAAAGAUCUUCAUCUAAUAGCUAAAUGUAUUAAGAAUG